AAAAAAUUCACCAAACUUGCAAGAUGAGUGAUGUAUGUAAACUUUGAUAGCUAAUGGAUAGCAAAAGAAAUUAUCGUUACUUUUAAAUAUAUUUAUAAUAAUGUAGCGCGUAAGUAAGAUAUUUGGGCAUAGUUUUGUAACAAUUAAGUUAUAGGGAGUAAAUCGCUACUCCCUAAUUUCUAACCUAAAUCUUUAAAGGGAAUUUCAAAGAGGAUGGGUUAUAAAGCAGCUGUACAGGUUUUGAAGCAAGCUGAUGAUCUAAAGGUUAAAGUUUGUAAAAAGAGCGAUUGGUUAAAUGAUGCUGCUGCUUGGACAGAUCAACAAAAGCUACAAACGAUAUACCAUCAGGUGUUGGUCUUAGACUUAGAAUAUGCAUUAGAUAAAAAAGUCGAACAGGACUUAUGGAACAUAGGGUUCAAAAAUCACAUCUCAUCUUUACAAGAACUUGCACGGGAUAAAAAGAAUCCACAUAGAUCAGAUUGUCAGGCACUUCUAACGUGGGCCUUAGAAUCCGCUUCUGGUUUUUAUUUGACUUUAUUGCAAGAGUUGUGCAAUACUUUUGAUAUUGACUUACCGUUUCGAAGACGAGGCAAUGUGUAUGGUCAAAUAAACCAGGUCCCUGAACAAGCGGAUUUGCCUCAGACGUCUUCAUGUCUAUAUAUCUGUCAGUAUUGUUUAGUUCAUUUAGGGGAUAUUGCUAGGUAUAGGAAUCAGAGAAGACAAGCCGAAAGCUUUUAUAAGCAAGCAAUAUUAGUGUCGCCCACUAGUGGACACCCCUAUAAUCAGUUAGCGCUGUUAGAGGCAAGUCAGGGAAAUAAAUUAUCAACAGUUUUUUAUUAUAUCAGAGGCAUAGCUGUGAAAAACCCUUUCCCUGCCUCGGCCACAAAUUUAUUGAGCACCUUGAGUUCGGCUAUCGAUAAAGAUAGUCCGUCUGAGAAAAUUCAAACUAAAAUGACCGUAAACGAAUUCAUUCAACUGUUUCUAUGCACCCACGGUUACUUCCACACGAUAACCGAGCUGAAACAAGCCGAACUAGCAGUUAAAAGCUUGAACUCUAUCAUGACAGCGUUAGUGGCAACACAGAGCUUCACCAAGGACAUGCUCGUCAAAACGACGAUAAUCAAUUUGUACGCGCUUAAACACCUCGGGUCUGACCCCACCAGAAUAGAGGAGUUAACGAAAGACGAGCAGAAGAUCAGGGAGUUGAUAUUGGAACUUAUCGCAGGGUCUCUCUGCGCUUUUCUGGUGCCUGUUCAUACUUUGAAGAUGGACGAAACGCUCCUGGACUAUUACGCACUUCCAGCAAUAAAAUUUUUGUUGUACUUUAUUCAGAAUGAACCGGAUGUACUUAAGGAGAAAGUUUUCACAAACAGACUGCAAAUUUGGCCGAGUCUGGUCAAACUUCUGAAUAACGUCCAAAAGUUUUUAAAAGCGCUGAAUUACAAUAAAUAUACAAAAUUACCUUUACCAGAAGACAAAAAACUGCAAGGGUUCUUGCCUUUAACUAGGAAUUUUAAGGAAUUCGACUUUAAAGAAGAUUGUGAUGAUAACAAAAUCGAAAGACUAGUGAGAAUGAAACGUAUUAUAAAUAUAAGUGUUUGGUUGACUGAGUUAGACAUUAACGGGAAUAAAUUGAUUAUGAAGAGUGAAAAUAAUGGAGAACUCAUCUUUGAGCCGGGAUGUACGCAGCCAGAUCCGACGAACGAUUUGCUGGAAGAAAUGAAGUCGUUCAGCAUAACCGAGAACUCGGACACGGUCAAACAGAAAAGUGCAGAGAAGAAAGCGGGAAUUCUGAAACCGCAAGGCUCUUUGGAGAAAUCCAGGGAAGAACGGGAGUUGUUGUCGAACUCUUCGAACGCCGUGGACACGGUGGCGAGCGUCACGGUGGCGACUACAACGAAUAACAAAUCGGAGACCAUGAAAAACAAGAGGGGCAAGCAGAACGUCGCGUUGCAGUCGAUUUUCAAGAAGAUGGAAGAGAAUAACAAGCAGGUGAAGUUCAGCGUGGACGAACCGGACCCCGACAAACCCGUCAAAUUCGAUUCGGCGCCCCCACAACAAAAACCGCAACCGAACGCCCAAAACCAGCCGUUCAACCUCCCCCUCAGGACGCAGUCCUUUAACCAAAACCACCCCGCCUUCCCCAUAACGCCCCCCACUCAACCCGACUACCUAACGAGCCUUCGCAACGUGCCUAACAUCCAACUAGACAAAGGGACCAAAUACCAGUUUCCCAAAACCGACACCUUACCACAGAACAUCCCCAAUCUGGGCAUGCAGAUCAUGCCGCCGUAUCAGAACAUCCCCCACGCCCAGAACAUGGGUCACAACAUGCCCCAGAAACCGCCCAGCGGGUACCAGCAGAACCCCAUGCCUCAGAACACCUUCGGUAACCCUCAGAUGUCCGCCCCGUAUCAGAACAUGUCGUUCCCCUCCGCCCACCCCUUCACUGGUUGGAAGCGGGAGGAGAUGCCUCCGUUGCCCAGCCCGUCGUGGUGGCAGAACACUAGCCAGCCGCCCCCUCCGCCCGGUCAGAACUACCGGCAGGACGGGUAUCCCAUGAAUUUUCCAAGUUACGCGAACAGCGUGCCGUCUUACCUGCAGCAGUCCGGUUCUAUGAUGCAGAAGCCGGGGAGUAAUCAAGGUACCGGUGAUAUCUUCGGCUCGCCUUGGGGCAACUAUUCCGGGGGGUACUUGAACGAAGGCGGCGAGAGUAAUAGCAACCACGGGAUGUCGAUGAGGCAGGCGAUGCUCAAGGAGGCGAACUUUCCCGGAGGGCCUGUGGGGCCGCCCGGAAGCGCUGUAGGAAGGUUGCCUAAUCCACCUCAAGAAAAUAAAUUCAUACCAAACCCGACGACGGCGCCCGGAUACUCGUUAUUCAACACCAACAGCUGGACUCCCAAUUUAGCGGGACAGUUGAGGAACAGCAAACAGACGGACAAUUCCACGAAUCACUUACCGCAGCAGUCCCUGUUCAGCGGACACGGGCCAAAGUCCUUGGCGCAGUUGCUGGAGCACCAGCAAAGUCAAUUAAACAAAAACGAUUUAUAGAGUUACCUCUCACUCAUUGCGACCUAACCUGUCUUUAUUUUAUUUAUUAAAAUCAUGUAUUUAAAUUGUAACUACUUGGAUGAGUAUCUUUUGUUAAUUUUUAAUUAAAAUGUAACAGAA